AUGGCGGUCACCUUGAUCCUGGUCACCAUGAUCGUCAUCAUGAUGGUGCUCACCUUGAUCCUGGUCACCAUGAUCAUGGUCAGCGGGGUGGUGGCCACCAUGACUGUGGUCACCUUGAUCCCGGUCACCAUGAUCAUGGUUGUCAUGAUGGUGGCCACCUUGAUCCCGGUCACCAUGAUCAUGGUCAGCAUGGUGGUGGCCACCAUGAUCAUGGUCACCUUGAUCCCGGUCACCAUGAUCAUGGUCACCGUGACUUUGGUCACCUUGAUCCUGGUCACCGUGAUCAUGGUCAGCGUGGUGGUGGCCACCAUCAUUGCGGUCAUUGUGAUCCCGGUCAUUGUCAUGGUGGCCACCAUGAUCAUGGUCGUCAUGAUGGUGGCCACCAUGACUGUGGUCACCAUGGUUGUGGUCACCUUGAUCCCAGUCACCAUGAUCACGGUCACGGUGGCCACCACGAUCGCGGCGGAUCGAGUGCACGGAGAGGCCGGAUCGUCGCGGGGUGUGGGAGGGUUGGUUGGGGUGAUGUCGGGAGAUCUUCCAGGAGAAGAUUUGUCCAGGUGGAUCCCAGGAACUCUUUCGACGAAGGAUUUGUCCAGGUGGAUCCCAAGAGAUCUUCCAGCAAAGGAUUGGUCUGGAUGGACACGGGAAGUUCUUCCAGCGAAGGAUUUGUCCAGAUGGAUCCCAAAAGUUCUUCCAGCGAAGGAUUUCUCCAGGUGGAUCCCAAGAACUCUUUCAGCUUUGGACAGAUCCUGGAAGUUCUUCCAGGGGAGGAUUUCUCCAGGUGGAUCCCGGGAGCUCCUCAGGGGCCUCGAUCCCGGAGUUGGUUCCGUGGCUCCGGACUGGUUCGGACGCCGGGGAGAAGGUUGGGAUCUCCUGCUCCAGGUGGGUUUUCCUUGGAAUGUGGGGAGUGGGAUCCACCUGGACUGAGAACUUUGGGAUCCCCAGUUCCCAAUGGAUCAAGGAACUUUGGGAUCCUCACUUCCCAAUGGAAUGAGAACUUUGGGAUCUGGAAUUACCCAUGGAUUGAGAACUUUGGGAUCCCCAAUUCCCUGUGGAUCAAGAACUUCGGGAUCCACCAUUCUCCAUGGACUGAGGACUUUGGGAUCUGGAAUUCCCAACGGAUUGAGAACUUUGGGAUCCCCAAUUCCCUGUGGAUCAAGAACUUCGGGAUCCACCAUUCUCCAUGGACUGAGGACUUUGGGAUCUGGAAUUCCCAAUGGAUCCAGAACUUUGGGAUCUGGAAUUCCCAAUGGAUCCAGAACUUUGGGAUCCCCUGGACUGAGAACUUUGGGAUCCCCAAUUCCCAAUGGAAUGAGGACUUUGGGAUCUCCGUGGAUCCAGAACUUCGGGGUCCCCAAUUCCCACCAGACCCCAAACUCUGGGAUCCCCAGCCCGGCCCCUCUCCAGCUCAGCCCCCCCUUUUCCCACGGGAAUAUUUCUCCCCCUAUUUAAAAUUUGGGAAUUCCCAUCCCCGCUGCCCUUCCCCCCCAUGGACAUUCUGCACUUUAUUCCAGGCUCUGGGAAUUCCGGGAUCGCCUCCGGGGGUUUUAUUUUGGGAUCAUCCCACAAAAUUUGGGAAUUUUUGGCCUCCCGGGAACUCGGGAUGAGCCCUGCUGGAAAAUCCCGGAGCUUUUAUGCAAAUCCCUCCACUCCCAUCCCACUUUUUCCCCACAAAAUUCCCAAUUUUUUCCCCGCUCUGAUUUUUCCCAGAAAUUUUUUUUGGGAGGAAAAAAAAAAAAAAAAAAUCCAGUCAGGAUUGAAAUUCCCAACAAAAUUCCCAUUCCUGGAACGCUUGGGCUUGGAGGGGAUUUUUUAGGGAAUCUCCUGAAUUUUUAGGGAAUUUUAACCCCAGGAUCCGACUCCUCAGAGGUCCUGCUGCUUUUAUCCCCAUUUUCCCGCUUUUAUCCCCAUUUUCCUGCUCUUUUUUCCCUUUUUUUCCCAUUUUUUCUUCCCCCUGGCUAUGCAAGAGCUCCCCCGGGAGGGAAAUCCCAGAAAAAUCCUGGAAAAAUAAAAAUCCCCGGGAAAAAAAAUUCUCGGGAAAGGCUCGAAUGGACCCUGAAAACCCCCGGGGAGAAUCCCGGGAUUUGGGAUCCGCCGGGAAAGGCUUCGGGAUUCCCUGGAUAUGCAAAGAGGGCGCCAAUAAAUCUGUGACAAAUGGGA